GGGCGGAACUUCCGGGUUCAUGCAAGUUGUCAACAGUUUGCUAAAGAGAAAUAAACAUGUAGCUAGAUAGUGUGAGAGCAGAACGCUACCCUUCUUUUUCCUGGAGAGAGAGAGAGAGAGAGAGAGAGAGAGACGGGGGAGGGAGAGUGAAGACCGAAAGACUGUCAGACGCCGCGGAAAGCAGAAGUAGCUAGUUAACUAACUAGGUAGCUAACUAGAAUGUUUAGCUACUGUAGCUAGCUAACUCACUUGUGAUGUGAGAAGUGUCAGUCCCAGGCUAGCUAACAACGGGCUGAUGUGUGUGAUAAGUCCAGCCUGCUCUCCCUCUUCGCGGCUACCUCUACUGAUGCCUGUCUCGGUCGGGGCUCCAUGGAAGAGCUGCUAGCACAGGGCGGAACAGGAACGUGACUGCAGCAGACUCUCCUCACCCCUGCCCUCUGCCCUGAGCCAAGUACGGUCCCUGCUCAUCUCUCCGGUCCAACGGGAUAUUACAACCGUGGGGGGAGCCUGGAAACGGGAGCUACGGCCGACAGAGCAAGCGGCGAUUGGGCGAAGGGUACUUUUCCAACUCUUUCUACAACUUUUAUAAACGUCUGAUUCAUAAAGUUGACAUCAUCCCACUGGUGAAGGUUGUGCAGUGUGUCUGUUCGGCUGUGAUGAGAUGUCGUCAUAGAAGCGACAGACACGGUUGGAACCCUCGAUAGUGCUCCAGAACCCCUGCUAUAGGUUCCAGAACCCCUGCUAUAGGUUCCAGAACCCCUGCUAUAGGUUCCAGAACCCUGCUAUAGGUUCCAGAACAAGAUGAGUGGGGGGAAGAAGAGGAGUGGCUUCCAGAUUACCAGUGUGACAUCAGACUACACUCAGAGUUCUGGGGAAGCCCCGCCCCCUGCCCAGGCCUCUAGCCAAUCAAAUCGCUCCCCUCCCUCCUCCAGCCAAUCCACUGCUUCCUCCCAGCCUGGCCCCGCCCACCAGCAGGGAAGCACCUCCCAGCCGACGACUCCCCUCUCUCUGAGGAAAUACAACUCCCAAGAUGCCACAGGACAGGGAUCCAGGUUCCGAGUCGUCCGAUUGGGCCAGGGCCACGGAGAACCCUAUCACCGGGGGCGAUGGACCUGCACUGACUUCCUGGAACGAGAGGAAGGGUUGGGGCUUAGACGGGUGAUGGACAGCAUGAGACACGCCCACUCUCUGGAGUCGCUUGAGGGGAUUGGUCUAGAGAGGGGAGGGGGAGGGGCUGCAGGCCGGCUGCUGGGGAACGUGCGCGCUCUCAGGACGGGACACCUUGUGCACUCUCAGGGUACCUCCCACUUGCUGGCCCAGCCAAUAGGGUCAGAUGGGGAGGGGUUUAGGGGGCUGAAGCCCCUCCUCCUCCACAGCGGCCCCUCCUCCCCCACACACCUGGACAGACUCCACUUACGAUUGGUCGACUCCACGCCCCCUCCACCCAGCCCCCGCCCACGGAACAUCCCCCCCCCUCUACGCCUGGACGUGGACGCUACCGGGAGGUCUCUGUUGAGAGUUUCUCAUUCCCAGCCCAGCUCCCCCCUACAGGGUAGAGAUGGUAUGUUCCUACCCAGUCUGACUCCCAUCCAGACUCCUUCGGCCUGGUCCAUGUUCGGCUCUGGGGGGGCCUUCCAUCUGCCGGGGGAUGACAGUGGGUCGAGCAGCAGCAUGAUCGCAAUAGACAACAAGAUCGAGCAAGCAAUGUUUCCCGUGUGUAUCAAGAAUGGUCUACCACCCAAAGGACACCUUGUAGAAUUCGGUUCAGGCUGGAACAUCCCCGACGCAAACUUGCUCUCCUGCCCGGGAGGUACCAUGCUCACCCCCUCCAGUGGUUUUGGAACGAUCAACCUUAUCAAGAAGCAACACUCAGCUAGCAUGAAGAAGCUAAUUGACGGCGGCGCUCACUUCGAACAAGCUAAAGGUACUGAUCAACAGACGAUUACUGUUCCAAGGAUGGCGAUAUUUACCUCCGUAUUGGUGAGGCUCACAAGCAGGGGAAGAGAUCCGAUCUCGAUCGAGCAAUCGACGUUCUCAAACUACCUCAAGGGAUAUGAAGACUGUAGCUGCCGCCAUCCUGUAGCUGCAUCAUCAGUUACGCCAGGACCUCGUAAAGACCCACCUGAUGCUGGCGGUCCGAGAGGAAGUGGAGUUGCUAUGGGAACAGAUUAAAGAGCUGUCAGAAAGGAACGCCCAGCUGGAGAGAGAAAACUACAUCCUGAGAACGCUGAGAGACUGACCCUCCUGCAACAUUACUGAUCUGAUCUCUCUACAUCCUGAGGACGCUGAGAGACUGACCCUCCUGCAACAUUACUGAUCUCUCUACAUCCUGAGGACACUGAGAGACUGACCCUCCUGCAACAUUACUGAUCUGAUCUCUCUACAUCCUGAGGACGCUGAGAGACUGACCCUCCUGCAACAUUACUGAUCUCUCUACAUCCUGAGGACGCUGAGAGACUGACACUCCUGCAACAUUACUGAUCUGAUCUCUCUACAUCCUGAGGACACUGAGAGACUGACACUCCUGCAACAUUACUGAUCUGAUCUCUCUACAUCCUGAGGACACUGAGAGACUGACACUCCUGCAACAUUACUGAUCUGAUCUCUCUACAUCCUGAGGACGCUGAGAGACUGACCCUCCUGCAACAUUACUGAUCUGAUCUCUAACUGCAGAAAACAAGAAUAAAUAAAUAAACUUACUAAA